CAUUACAUCAGUCUGAGAUGCUGCAAACAUUGCUGUUCAUCUCAACUGUCAUUCAAAUUACAGACUGUUUCAUAGGUCCAUAUCUCUUCCGCCCUGAUCAACCACUUGACUUCUCCAUCUCAGUAAAUGAUAACUACACUGGAGAGGCCAGUUUGUGCAUCAGAGUGUUUUGUUCAUUUACUGUACCACAAAGGGUGUUAGACUCAGAAGAACCCAUUAGGAGAACCUGGAUAAAAGGAGAUCCACAAAACCCAACUGUUGAAGUACCUUCUGUUGACUUUGGAGUUUCAUAUGGCAAGGCAGAGUGUAACUUUCUGCUGAAAAACUUAGUUCAAGGACAAAAUGAUGGAGACUACAGACUAAAACUAGAAUGGGGACAUGGAAAUGUGCACAUCUUUAAUAAGACUGUAAGGAUUAUCGUAAAAGAACUCACCGAGAAGCCAACAAUUGAAGUCCCACUGCUCACAGCUGGAGAAAAGGCAGAGAUAUCUUGCAGAGCUCCAGGGACUUGCCUGAACCCCAAAAUGGGCAUGUUCUGGGAGGGGAUUGAGCCUGAAAGAACUGAAAGAAAAGCUUUUGGUGUGAUUGGCAGAGAAGAUGACUUUUUACUAUUGAUAUUCCAUCCUAAGCCCGAACAUCACAAUAUUAACCUGACCUGCAGAGUUAUUUUUCAAGAAAACAUGCAGACUGAAGCUACUGUGACUCUUGAAGUAAGACAUGCUCCUAAAAUCUCGAAUAGCUCUCGCUGUGUGGUGUGGGGAGAUGAAUUGAUCUGCGUGUGUGUCAGUGGGGGUUUUCCAUUACCCGACAUAUACUGGUCACCUCUGGAUGACGUUACCGAAUAUUACAUUGCUUUUUCAAAUGAAAACACCUUCAGCAUCAUCAGCAUCUCCACUGCUAGUUUCAGAAACCUCAACAUGACCAUAGUUUGCAUCAGUAUGAAUCCUAUUGGUUUGGAAACAAUGGAAAUCCAAGUGGACGAAAAGUUGAAAGCAAGUUGGAAGUUGCCCACCAGUUGGAUUUUCUUUAGCAUUUCACUUGUUUUGAAUAUCAGCUUGGCUUCUUGCUUGAUUGUCACUCUGAGAAGGAAAGGAAAACCUAAACCACAAGAUGACAACCGUGUUUACAUAUCGCCAAUGAAGAGUGAUGAAUCAGUGUACGAGACGAUUCAAAUGUCUUCAGAGAGCUCUUAGUGAUUUAGUAAAACAUUUGACAUUUUUACUGAAUUAAGCUUUUUCUUUUGCUAAUGUUUUAAAACUAUAAUUUUAUGCCAUCCAAAUGUGAGUUUCUCAGUUCAGUAUGUAUUUUAAAAAACAUUUAAAACAGUCCACCUAUUCCACAUAAACCAUUUAGAUUUGUUUUAUUGUUUACAUCAUUUUGCACUUACUUAAAUGUCUUUCUGUCCCUUUGUGUUGAUAAGUAUAUAUGCAUGUACUCUGAGCUCCUGUAAACCACAAAUAAUCCUUGUGUGUUUUUGCACAUUUGGCAUAUAAAGCUAAUUCAGAUCAUUAUAUUAUGAUUUAAAUCUGAAUAAAGUUGUGAUUUUAUGACUUA